AUGCCGCCUGCACCGUUGUGCCUUGCCUUCCACGACAUCUCCCCCCAGGCACCGACUCAUUUUCUGGUGAUUCCCAAAAAACAUAUUGCCCAGAUCUCUGUAGCAGAAGAUGAUGAUGAAAGUCUUCUUGGACAUUUAAUGAUCGUUGGCAAGAAGUGCGCGGCUGACCUAGGCCUGAACAAGGGUUAUCGAAUGGUGGUGAACGAAGGCACAGACGGGGGCCAGUCCGUCUAUCACGUUCACCUGCACGUACUUGGCGGGCGGCAGAUGCACUGGCCUCCCGGUUAAGCGCGCUUUGGGGAUAAUUUUCCCUUUGUAGGCAGUGAGUAAAUUUGCAAGUUCCAGUAUGCUAAACAGUACUCUUUUGCCUGUGUACGGAGAGAUUGAAGAAUUAUAAAAACCUAUGUGUAAUAAAAGACAUCAUUGCAUGCUCUGCA